AGCUUACUGGUGAUGAAGCUCUCACGUGACCAAGAGCUGACGUGGGCAAAGGUACUUAAAGCCUUACGGCCAUUCCUGCCAUCUUCCUCCGGGUACCCAAGGCUAUUAUAGCUGCGGUCUGCCAGGCGAGACGGAGAAAAUUCCCUCAGAACUGGUCAGACACCCGGCUGCCACAACCCUGCCCCCUCCCCUCCCCUCCCCUCCCAGCCCCCUGCCCCUUCUAGGGUGCUAGGAAAUGGGUGUGCCAGCUUCUGUGGGAGAGAUGGAGGAUUUGGCCCUGUAUGGGCUGCUGGCUGACCGUGAGAGAAUCUGGUAUUGAACCGCCAUGCUAACUGCCAAGCUGCUUUCCAGACACCUGCGGCCCACCCAGACCUUCACCCUGAAAAAAGGAAUUCGGAGAGGAAAAAGCUAACCUCAGGCCUCUUGUUCUGGAUGCUGAUAUGUCUAUCAGGUUCUUAGGCUGUCUCUGCAGUCUGUAUUCCUGCCCUUCAGCCUCAGCACGAAGCUCUGGCUGAAUUAGAGGAAGGAGAAAGACCUCUGAAUUCUUGCAGAUCCGUCUACCUUUAGGCCCUGCAGCCACAAGCAGAGUGGAAAUUGCUCCUGAUCCCAGGAAGCUGGUCCAGCUCAGCUUGCAGUCCCAGAAGAACUUUCAAACCUGAGCUUGAGAGCCUCCCUCCGACUGGUGUAUCCAUUUCACUGAAGCAAGCCAGUUCCACAACCUGGAUCAGAGACUCAGUCCAGGUGUACCAUGAGCCGAGCUCGGGAUGCUGGCUGUGUAGCUGCUGGAAUAGUGAUUGGGGCUAGUGCCUGGUACUGUGUCUACAAAUACACUAGGGGGAAAGAACAGAAGAAGAAGAGACUGGCCAAGCCCAAGAACCGGGCCUCUGUGGGUACUGGAACUAGGGCUAGAGCUGGGCUAAGAGCUGGUUUCACAAUUGACCUUGGGCCAGGAUUCAAUCCCCCAACCCCAGUCAGUGUUGAGACAAUGAACAAGGCCGAAGAAGCCUCCAGUCUUGCCACAGCUGUAGCUGAAGAGGUGGCACCCACUGCACCCAGUCCUAAGGUUCAGAAUGGGGCAGAAAGGAAAGUCCAGGAGCUAAAGUCAGGAACUGAGGCUAAUAUGGAAUCUAUAGUCAUGACUUCAGCUGCCUGUGCAGUUACACCUCCUCCCAAGGUGACAGGGCCUCUCACUGCUGCAGAGGCUCCAGAAAUAGUAGGGGGUCCCAAAGUGGUAGAAACUUCUAGCACCACAGAGGCCUCUGCGGCAGUAGCAUCCCUUGGGCCAGCAGUAUCUCCGAGGGUAGCACAGUCUCCUGGGCCAGCAGCACCUUCACCAUCAAUAGUGUCUCCUGGGCCAACAGCAAUUCCCUGGGCAGUAGCACAUCCUGGGACAGUCCAGUCUCCUGGGUCAGCAGCAACUGCCAUGGCAGUGCAGUCUCUUGUGCCAGCAUCCCCUUCGUGGGCAGUAGUAGCACCUCCUGGGGCAGUCUACAUUCCUGUGGCAGCCCACUUCACUGGGCCAGCAGCAGCUCCCAGGAUAACCCAGUCCCCUGGCACGGUGAUACCUCCGCUUCCACCCCCAUCAUCAGUGCUUCCCAGGGGAGUCCCAACAGUGCCUACCAGAACAGUUCAGUCUCCCGGGGCAGCAGUACAUCCUGUGGCAGCCCAGUCUCCUGGGGUAGUGCCUCCUAGGACUGUCCAGUAUUCUGGGGCAACAGUGCCUUCCGGGGCACCAGCAACUCCUAGGGCAGCGGCAUCUACCCAGAGGGCAGCAACCACAGAGGUCCCUAGGGCAGCAGCACCUGCUGAAGCUACAGGGACUCCUGGAACAGGAACACCUGCCGUGGUAGCUGAGGCUUCUCUGCCCAUGCAUUCUGGGGCUGCAGAGACUCCUGGGACUUCAGGGUCCUCUAAGACAGCAGCCACAGGCAAGAAAGCAGCCCCAGGAGUUCACACUGGGGCUAUACCUAAGACUGGGGCAGCCACUGGAGCUGUUCCCAAAGGUGGAGGCAAAGGUGGAAACAAGAACCGGAGUGGAGGCAAGGGCAAAAAUAGGAAGAACAAGGUUGAAGUGGAUGAAUUGGGGAUGGGUUUCCGUCCUGGUGAUGGCGCAGCAGCGGCUGCUGCAGCUUCUGCUAAUGGGGGGCAAGCCUUCCUAGCAGAGAUCCCUGAAUCUGAGGAAGGGGAGUCUGGGUGGACUGAUACUGAGUCAGAUUCUGACUCUGAGCCAGAGGUCCAGCAGAGGGGGAAAGGGAAGAGAACCAUUCCCAUGCAUAAGCGCCCCUUUCCAUAUGAAAUCGAUGAGAUUCUAGGUGUUCGAGAUCUCAGAAAAGUCCUAGCCUUGCUUCAGAAGUCAGACGACCCCUUCAUUCAGCAAGUGGCCCUGCUCACCCUGAGCAACAAUGCCAACUAUUCGUGUAAUCAAGAAACAAUCCGAAAGUUGGGAGGCCUCCCAAUUAUUGCAAACAUGAUCAAUAAGACUGACCCCCACAUUAAGGAAAAAGCCUUGAUGGCCAUGAAUAACCUGAGUGAAAAUUAUGAGAACCAGGGCCGACUUCAGGUGUACAUGAAUAAAGUGAUGGAUGAUGUCAUGGCCUCUAACCUGAACUCGGCGGUGCAGGUAGUUGGGCUAAAAUUUCUAACGAACAUGACUAUUACUAAUGACUACCAGCACCUGCUGGUCAAUUCCAUUGCAAACUUUUUCCGCUUGUUAUCUCAGGGGGGUGGAAAAAUCAAGGUUGAGAUUCUAAAAAUCCUUUCAAACUUUGCUGAAAAUCCAGACAUGCUAAAGAAACUUCUUGGUACCCAAGUGCCGUCAUCAUUCAGUUCCCUUUAUAAUUCUUAUGUGGAAUCAGAAAUUCUUAUUAAUGCCCUUACUCUAUUUGAGAUUAUCUUUGACAACCUCAGAGCAGAAGUGUUCAACUACAGGGAAUUCAACAAGGGGUCCCUGUUUUACUUAUGUACUACAUCUGGGGUGUGUGUGAAGAAAAUUCGAGCCUUAGCAAAUCACCAUGACCUCUUGGUGAAAGUGAAAGUUAUAAAGCUGGUAAACAAAUUCUGAUUGAUCUGUGCCCUCAAGAUGUGAGAUCUCUCAGUUUUCCAGGCUGGAAGCAUUAACAAUGAGACAUUAUUGUUUUUCUACUUGUGUGUAUAGUACGGGAAUUAUUCGGCUGCCAGUUUUGAAUAAUGUAUCAUUCGGAGUGAUGUUAUCUGUGAUAGUCACCAGCUUUAAGCGGAACCAUUUUCUGAAUACCAAAUAGUCCUAUAGUCCUGUAGUCCUGUGAUGUGAAUUGUGCUGCUUGGGUCGAGUAUUUCCCCUGGGUCCUCUGUGAACUGAUAAGUAAUCUUGUCUGUGAAUGGCCUACUCAGCUCUUACUUGUUUUGACUUGAAUUUUUGUCACCAAAGACUUCAUAUGUGUACCAUCAAUAAAGUGUAUGUUGCAAAAUGGCAA